CCCAUAUUGAGUUCCCUUCCCCCAAGGCGUUCAAUCAGAAAAAUAUUUGAUCUUGGCAGACACAGUAAUAAAUUAAUUGGGUGUUCAACUGCAUAUAGAUAUGCACAUUAUGUGAUUUGAAUUUGGUGUCACAAAGGGCUGAGUUUGGAAUCUUCUGGUGGUUAAAGAAGUGAUUUUUUUUGUGUCAGAACAGCUCUGUUUUGCUUUCUAUUUUUAUGUGGAGGGGUUGACCUAAAUUUGUUGUCUGAUUCCUUAAAUUUUGUAGUAUAUUUUGCUGUGGGACUGAGAUUUGGGGUCGGUUUCAUAUGGGAUGUGUGACCUGUUGAGAGAGAGAAGAAAUCACCUCUCUGCAUUUUGCUGCAUUGAAUGCAGCUUUGAUGAAAUCAACAACUGGGCUAUUGCAGUUUUAUGUUUUUCUUUAGUUUUUGGAGUUUAGCUUAGCUGUUCUUCUCGAAGAUCUGUGCAAGAAUUGGGGAGAAAUUUGGAUUUGGAGUUUUGAGGAAUUAGCUGAUAAGUUUUUGGAGUUGAAGAGAUGGCUUGUAUGAAGUUGGGAUCCAAAACUGAUGCAUUCCGGCGGCAAGGCCAAGCCUGGUUCUGCACCACCGGCCUCCCGAGUGAUGUAGUUGUCGAAAUCGAGGAAAUGUCAUUUCAUCUUCACAAGUUUCCGUUGCUCUCGAGAAGCGGGGUCAUGGAGCGGCUCAUUGCAGAGGCAUCCGAGGGCGAAGAAGGCUGUGUCAUCAGACUCUCCGACGUUCCCGGUGGAGCAAGAUCGUUCGAGCUAGUAGCUAAGUUCUGCUACGGGGUGAAACUCGAGCUCACUGCAUCGAACGUGGUGCACGUUCGUUGCGCUGCAGAGCAUCUCGAAAUGACUGAAGAGUAUGGGGAGGGCAAUCUCGUUUCUCAGGCCGAAAUCUUUCUCAAUCAGACGAUUUUUCGCAGCUGGAAAGACUCUUUGAAAGCACUGCAGACGUGUGGCGAUGUGCUCUCCGAGGCCGAGCAGCUCCACGUCCCGAAAAGGUGCAUCGACUCCUUGGCUGCAAAGGCGUGCACCGAUCCUGCUCUGUUCGGGUGGCCUAUGACGGAGCGUGGUGGCCCGAUGCAGAGCCCCGGAGGGAGUGUAUUGUGGAACGGGAUAAGCACGGGCGCUCGGCCUAAGCAUUCGUGCGCAGAUUGGUGGUACGAGGAUGCGUCAACUUUGCCCCUGCCUUUCUACAAAAGGCUGAUUUCGGCCAUGGAAUCCCGGGGCGUAAAGCAGGAGAUGAUUGCCGGCUCUCUCGUUUGUUAUGCGAGAAAAUACCUACCCGGACUAAACCGGCGCCAGGGUGGUAGUGAAGAAUCAACCAACCGUCUUGCAACGGUUGGCUCGGUUGCCUUGCUCUCGGAACAAGAACAGAAAACUCUCGUUGAAGAGAUCGAUCGCUUGCUUCCCCUGCAGACGGGUCUGGUUCCGACAAAACACUUGUUCGGUCUGCUGAGAACGGCCAGGAUUCUUCGAGCCGAUGCCUCGUGCAUAUCGAACCUAGAGAAACGGACUGGGAUGCAGCUCGAUAAGGCGACACUCGAGGAUCUUCUUAUGCCGAACGUCUCUUAUUCGAUGGAGACUCUGUACGACGUGGACUGCGUUCAGCGGAUUCUCGAGCAUUUCUUGACCAUGGAUCAGGUGGUUGGUGAUGCGUCUCCUAGCUCGGUGGAUGAUGGAAAAUCGACCGGACCGCCAUCUCUAACACCCAUCACCAUGGUGGCCAAGUUACUCGACGGAUAUCUCGCGGAGGUCGCCCCCGACGUACACCUAAAACUCCCCAAAUUUCACUCGCUCGCUGCGGCCGUACCAGAGUACGCCCGGCCCUUGGAUGACGGCCUUUAUCGCGCUAUCGACAUUUAUCUCAAGUCUCACCCAUGGUUGGCUGAGCCCGAGCGAGAGCAGCUCUGCAGGCUGAUGGACUGCCAGAAGCUCUCGCUCGAAGCUUGCACCCACGCAGCCCAGAACGAGAGGCUGCCGUUGAGGAUAAUAGUUCAAGUCCUCUUCUUCGAGCAGCUGCAGCUUCGGACCUCCAUUGCAGGCUGCUUCCUCGUCUCUGAAAACCUCGAUGGCUCGAGACAGCUGAGAAGCGGGCUGAUGGGGGCGAACGAGAACCAAGUCCUGAAAGUCGGGAUGGAUAGCAUGAGGAUGAGGGUGGCCGAGCUCGAGAAGGAAUGCUCCAGCAUGAAGGAAGAGAUCGAUAAGCUAGGCAAGGCGAAAGGGUCGUCGCCUUCGAGCGCGUGGGGAAACAUGUCGAAGAAGUUCGGGUUCCGGUUGAAGUCCCAAAUGUGCAGUGCGCAAGAGGGAUCAGUGAGCAAGCAAAAGAUUGACAAGGUUGGAGAGAAACAAGGGAAGGGAAAGAAAAGGGUACAUUUGAAUGAACAGAAAAAACUAAUUUCUUGAUUUUAAUUGUUUGUUUUUUCUCCUCUCACUGGUGUGUGUGAUAUUUGAUGAUCAUUGUUACCCUUAUUUCUUUUGUGAUCUAUAACUUAGGUAUAGUGAAAGUGUAAUUGUGUGAACGGUUUUCUAAUCUGUUGAGGAAAUUUCUUUUUUUCUCA